CCAAGGGGUAGUCUCCAUCUUCUUUUGACUACAUUCAAAGGUACUUUACAGAAGUACCUCACUGCAUAUCCCAUCGAAACUCGAAAAGAAAAUUAGGUCCAGGUGAAAAAAAAAAAACCCCCCAUUUCAAUGAAAAGCCUUUCCACUAUCUCGAAAAAGCACAAACACAGCAAAAGCACUCACAACCGCAUUCAUGGCCAACAAGCACCACACUCAAUUGCAAAGGUGGUGGGUAGGAGUGGGGGGUAGGGCGGUAGGGGGAGGAAAGGGAAACGAGUCCGUAGCGAAGGAGGGGGUGACUGAAAAUCAAUCUCAAAUAAAUCAACAGCGUUGUUUAUUCUGCGUUAUGUGCCAAAAAUAAAGGAAACAGUACGUGCGUAUCAAGAAAUGGAGGGGUCGGGGGACGGGGCGCAAAAAAGUAAUGACUGAACAAUAACAGAAGAAAAUCGGACGCUAUGGAGUUAGCGUAGGACAGUUGGGUCUUUCCCACCACAGCAUGCUUCGUCUGCAGCUUCCCCCAAGAGCCAGCCUAACCCUUCAGUCACUCCCCUCCCCUCCUUCUCUUCCUUGACGAGCACACCAAAGUAAAUGCCGCGCUUAAAGUUCUCCAAAAUCCCGAGAACUUCAGUGGAAUGCCUCGACUGCUGCCUUGAUUUCACUGCCCCCCCCCCUCCGUUACUGCUGUGCAACUCUCAUCACACCUCCAUGGCAGUACUGCCUUUCACCGGGAAGUCCAGAGUUAUGUCUUUGGAAGCUGCCGUGUCGCCCACAAAAGUAAAAAGCACAACCUUCUGCGAACAAAGUCCCACUUUGAUCAUUGUUCCCUUUGCCACCCGGAUAGCAGCUCUGGGCUCCAAUUCAAUUGGGGUAAAUCAAUGUCACCUCCAUGGACAAUCUUCGCUGAACAAAAGCUGCUCUGAUGCAAUUAACUGUAAUCUGCUCGAGCCGGUUUCCCUCCAGACAUUAUGGCCACCGCCUCCCAAAACCCAAAGACGUAACCUCGAGCCCCCAGCAAUAGGUAAGAGCACAUUAACUGCGGCUCUUACCUCUGAAAAGAUGGCCAUACCCUGUUUGCCACGUCAGUAUGGGUAA